AUGCCUUUUAUUCACGAUGAUGGGUAUGAUUGGCCUUACGAUGAGUAUGAUUUGUCUGACGAUGAGUAUGAUUUGUCUGACGAUGAGUAUGAUUCGUCUUACGAUGAUCAGUCUGACGACGACUAUUAUGAAUCCACCCUUGAAGUGAUCCCUCAGGAAGAUCCAUUCAAUCGGAACCGGCGGCUGAUUAACAUCGAUUUGGGACCUGCGGUAUCAGCAGCGGCGGAAGCGGGGCGCGAGAUCAACAUUAUCGUGGAGGAGCCUGUGGAAGGCGACGACAAUGUUGCUGUACCAUGGGAACUUAUUGACGGCUGGUUUUACAGCGUGGGGGAUUCCUAUGUUAUAUCUCUCCUUGUUGAGGAUAGGGCGGAUUUCGAUCCUGAUGCGGUAUACCUGUAUUACUAUUAUAAUACCGGGCGGAGCUUCUCUUUUAUUUUCACCAUUGAUCCUUUGCUCAUCACCCUUCUUGAUUAA